UGUUUUCAAUAAUACAAGAAUAGUUACUUCUACGUAUACGAAAUCUACAAAAAAAUUAAUUUUAAUUACAUAACAUGCUUAUUAUCAAUUAAUAUUCAGCGUUGCAAGUACUAAAAUUAUGCAAAUAUUUUAUUAAUUUUUGUUAUUGAUGUUAAAAUUUCGCUAUGAAGAUAAAUGAGAAGAAUUUGUGUGCAUUCGCUUCGUCCGCUACACCAGUGGAUCGCGAAGGAUGGCUGGAUCUACGGGCCGAAGUAGGCAAAAACUAUCAGCGACGUUGGUUUACUCUUAAGGGUAAUCUUUUGUUCUACUUUGAUAAGAAAGGAGAUAAGGAACCUGUUGGCGUAAUAAUUUUAGAGGGUUGCACAAUAGAAUUAACAGAAGAGGAGUCUUAUAGCUUCAAAAUAGUAUUCCCUUGUGAAGGAAGUAGAACUUACUUUCUAUGUACCAACUCACAGGUGUCUAUGGAGGCUUGGAUGAAAGCUUUAGCAUGUGCAAGUUAUGAUUAUAUGAAACUUAUGGUUUCAGAAUUGCAGAGGCAGCUUGAUGAAGCUCAGGCUGAAGACGCAGCAGCACUAGUUACAAUUACACCGCCAGAAGGUGAAGAAGAACCUAAGGUACCCCCACGUGGUCAACGACACAACCCAUUUAAUAAAAUGGCAGAUGGGGAGCCAAAAACUGUAACAGGCAGUAGGCAUUAUAAGGAAACUUUAAGAGCUGAAGUGGUGCGUAAGAAGGUACCAUUCCGUGACAUUCAUACUGCCUUUGGACGCAGUAUACUGGCUGAUCGUAGCGAGUGGCGUGCUAAGUUAAGAGCUAGAGAAGAGCCUGCUCCACCUUUAAUCCAGCUUUAAAUUUGUAGGACUCAAGGCUAAAAUAGAUCCAUUAAUGGACAAAAUAUCAAGUCAGCUGAAUAAUAAUAAUUUGGAUUUUUCAAUGUCGCCAUAUGGUCAGACAUGCUUGUAUGUAUUAUUUAUUAUAUUAACGUAACAACAUUCAAACUGAUGACUAUGCAAAGUUUAGAGAAUUUCAUUUUGUAAAUACUCUAUACAUUAAUCCACCAAACGUUUUGGUGUUUGGGUUUAAUCUAUCUCUCAUCUCUUGUGUGAAGAAUGUUGCCGUUCACAUUAUUUUGUCUAUUUAUUGGCCUAUAGCAGUAUAUUAAAUAAGGAUAGACUAGUACAUAUUUAUUAACUUUUCUAUUGUUUAUAAAUAGUGUAAAUUGAUUAGAACUUUAAUUACGAAUAUGUUAUUGCACUUGCCUUAAUAAGAUUAAAUAAAAGAAAUGUUGUA